AUGGCUGGCUCAGUUAUGUUCCAGAGCGUAUGCUGCAUAACCCCACACCACACUCUCCAAGAUAGGCAGAGGACUCGGAGGUAUCGCUCUGUUCCUGUUGUGUUCGCUGCACAGUCCAAUUUCUUAAAAGUUGUACAAACAGUUUGGAAGGUUGGGAGAGAUGGAAUUGAGGCAGGAACCAAUCUUGUGCCAUUUCAAUGCAGGGAUUCUGUGCCAACAUCAAUUGCAAGGGUUUCUGUGACAGUAGUUGCAUUGGCUCUUUCACUCUUUGUACUCAAGUAUUUACUGUCUACAGUUUUCUUUGUGCUGGCUACGAUGGGACUUGUAUACUUUACAGGCUACGAAGAACCAGAGGGGGGUGGAGGCACCACCCCUCGUGACCUUCAUGCCACUUCCCCUUCUUCCCCUUACCUGACCUCCUCCCUCAGCCACAAAAUCACCAUAUACCAGUACUCUCAAUCGAGAAACCCAAAUUUGAGGGGCGAUCGAGAAGAAAAGGAGGAGGUGGUAGUGAAAGAGAAGUGGGCAGCAUGGUGGAGGUUGUGUGUGGCUUAG